AUGCUCACUCCUCACCCCACAAGUCCACUGGGAGGACUGGUGGUUGCUGGACAAUGUGGUGGUCGGAACGGGAGGGGAAAAGGUGACUCAGUGGGAAAGUAUUAUCCUGCAGAAGAAGCUAGAUAUGACGCGCCAGAAACACCAUGGGAACAACUCAUGCUGCAAAGCCUGGCUCCAACUCUGACAAUCCCUUCCCCAAAACCCCCGGUUGUAGCUCUAACACUAGAUUUUUUCGGAUUAGGCCUAGAAAACCCCGCUUGUGGUCGAAAUCUACAAGAAAGUGAGAAAUGGGGUCUAUACCGCAGUAAAGUUAUGCAUGAAUUAGGGAUUCCGCGUCUACUUGCAACAUCCAGGCACUCGUCAGACCGAGGGAGGCGGAACCAAGCACAGGCCCUGUGCAUGAGCAUUGUCCAUCUGAUAUCACCCAAAUAUGCGGUCAGAACAUGUAUCUUUGAAGUAAAGCAAAGAAACCAACUAUCUGUGCAGAUGUACCUUGAAGUCUCUCGGAAUGCAGUGACGGCAGCUACUAGGGCCACUAUCCAUGACCAUGCCUCGGGGAAGGACAAGGCUAGUGCACCUGCCCAGCAGAAUCCCGUUAUUUAA